AUGUUGGCAGCCACUAAGCGACAUCUCCUGUUGUUUGGAGACCAGACAGUGGAGAAACUCUCUUCGAUACAGGCGCUGGUCCGCAACGCCAAAAGUUCACCUGCGGCCAAGAGGUUUCUUCAAGAGAUCACAGAUGUAAUACAACUCGAAUUCUCAACUCUCAGUAAGAGCGAGCAUGGCUGGACAGGAAACUUCGACACGCUUCUCGGAUUGGCAGAGGAGAAUGAGGAACAGCACGGCGCCAAUGCCUUGAUUUCGACUGUGCUGAUGUGUAUCGGGCGGCUUGGAGAGCUAAUCGUAUAUGCCGAGAGGGAUCCUACCAUUCUAGGAACGUCUGAGCGCCCUGUGGAAAUACUGGGCUUUUGCACCGGUCUUCUACCUGCCACGGCAGUGGUAGCUGCCAAGGACACGUCAGAAUUACAUACUCUCGCUCGGGAGAUCGUUUCCAUCACAUUCCGUAUGACACGGGAAAUAGUUCGCCAGACGAAAAUGGUCGAGGAUAGCUCAGGAGACUGGGCGAGAACCUAUGUCGGGAUAACUCGAGAAAAAAUGAAGUCCAUUCUGGACGAGUUUCACUCAAGCAAUAACAUUCCUCCAAUCAGGCAGAUUUCUAUUGGCGUUGUAUCAGAGAAAUGGACAACAAUUAUCGGGGCCCCGUCGUCACUAAACCGACUAUCUGGCUGGUCGACUGAAAUUGAAUUGGCGUCUCAUGCAAAAACAGACAUAGGAGCUCUUAUUCACUGUAAUGUCCUGCCUCCCCUUGACGUUGGAAAGAUACUGGCCCAUUUCUCCUGGAGCGACAGGACUAUUGACUGGACAAAGGCGAGGAUUAUAUCACCUACUUCCGGUAUCGAUUACAAGAACACCACCCUUGGCUCACUUAUUGGCCAAGUAAUUAACGAUAUCGCAAAUAAUGCGCUUCUUAUCGAUGACACAGUUGAUGCUUGCAUUUCACGUCUAGAAAGAACAGUCACAUUUAGUGUCUGUAUACCUGGCCCGACAGGUUAUCUGCCAACAGUUGAACAGGCUUUUAAAACUCACAAAAUCCAGUACGAGAUGAACAAUCUUACAAUGGAUAUCGCAAAGUCUAGUCGAGGAGGAUCUGAUAUGAUUGCUAUCAUAGGUAUGGGCGGAAGAUUCCCAGGCAGCAACAGCCCCGAAGAGUUCUGGGACGACGUUCUAGCCGCAAACUGUCACAUUGAAAAGGUUCCAAAAAGUCGCUGGGAUAUCGACGUGUUCUUUGACCCAGAUGAUAAGUCGACGAGGAAGAACGCGACUACUGCAGUGCACGGUGCUUGGCUUGAAAAUCCUGGUCUCUUCGACAAUCGUCUGUUUAACAUGUCGCCGCGCGAGGCGUCUCAAACUGAUCCAAUUCACCGGCUAUUGCUUACGACGAGUUAUGAAGCACUCGAAUCAGCAGGUUAUUCACCGGGUGGUAGUAUCUCAACCCAGAGCAAUCGAAUUGCUAGCUUCCUCGGACAAACAACCUCUGAUUGGCAAGAUGUGCUAAACGAGGACGGGAUCGAUAUUUAUUAUAUACCAGGUGUAGGAAGGGCAUUUGCGUCGGGACGAGUGAAUCAUCACUUCAAAUGGGGUGGCACCUCCCUUUCAGUCGAUGCUGCCUGUGCCACCGGCAUUGCCACGGUCAGUCUCGCCGUCUCUGCCCUGCUUGCUCGUGAGUGUGAUAUGGCUUUGGCUGGUGGAGGUGCGGUCCAUGUUUCUCCAAACACAUACUCUGGGCUUAGCAAAGCCGGGAUGGUAUCAACCACUGGCGGCUGUCGAACCUUUCAUGACGAUGCCGAUGGUUAUGUCCGAGGUGAGGGUGUCGGUGUGGUUGUUCUCAAAAGGCUGGAGGAUGCGGUCGCAGAAAAUGACAAUAUUUUGGCCGUUAUCAGAGGCGCGGCUCAGACGUACACAUCAACUUCAACGUCUAUCUUGCACCCUAGCCAUGUUUCUCAGGAGCGCAUCUAUAAAGAGGUUCUACGUCAAUCUGGCCUACAGCCUCAAGACAUCAACUUUGUUGAGAUGCACGGCACAGGAACUCAAGCUGGCGACGUGGAAGAAAUGACAUCCGUCGUCAAUGUACUGGCAAAGAACCGUAGCAAGAGUAACCCUCUGACAGUGGGUACGGUGAAGGCUGUGGUCGGGCACGGUGAGGCAGCCGCCGGUAUUGCUUCGCUCAUCAAGGCACUUAUGAUGCUCCGUGAGGGUGUCAUUCCCGCCCAGCCGGGAUGGCCAUUCAAAGUAAAUCACAACUUCCCAUCCCUAGCCAAAGCCAACGUUCGCAUUGCAACAAAGACAUUGGAUCUCAAACCAAGCUCCCAAAGCGACAAAAAAGCUAGGGUCAUGAUAAAUAGUUUCGGUGCAUCGGGCAGUAACACCUGCUUGAUUGUGGAGGAGCCUCCAGAAACCCAAGACAAACAAAAUGAUCCCCGACGGUUCCACGUUAUUUCUUUGUCCGCCAGGAGCACUGCCUCUCUAAAGAAGAACAGAGAGAAUCUGAUUGACUACUUGGAGCGAAAACCCGAUACCAGGCUUGCAGACUUGGCGUAUUCGACGACGGCACGACGUAUGCACGAAACGCUUCGCAUAGCCUAUUCUGGUGACAGCGUUCGGGAUGUUCUUCGUCAGUUACGGUAUGAUGCUUCUAACGGAGGCCCAAAUGACCCAAAGACAAAGGCGAAGAAGUCAUCACGCCUCUUCUUGUUCACGGGGCAGGGAUCACAGUAUGCAGGCAUGGCUGCCGAUUUGUUCGCCGCUGAUAAAAGCUUCGAAGAGCUGCUGAGAACAUACCAGGACAUGGCUACAAAUCUUGGGCUUCCCAUAUUCGUAGACAUCAUCUACGACAAAGGAAUUGACAUAACAACAAAAUCGCCAACUCAAGUGCAGCUAGCAAUUGUAGCCUUAGAAAUUGCACUUGCGCAAAUGCUAGAGAAAUGGGGUGUAAUCCCUGAUGCGGUCCUUGGUCACAGCCUUGGAGAGUAUGCGGCGCUCGCGGUAUCCGGUGCCUUAUCUGUUGGAGAUGCACUAUACCUUGUUGGCAAGCGCGCAUUGCUUAUGGAAAAGCAUCUCGAACCCCAUACCUUCGCUAUGCUUGUUACAGGUUUGAACGUUGAGAGUCUCCAACAGAGGAUUUUGGAGCUGAAGCUUGACUCUUGUAGCAUCGCUUGUGUCAAUGGGCCUUCGGUAACAGUGGCUAGCGGUCCAGUUAAGCAGCUAGAAAAACUCGAACAGCAUCUUGUGGACGUAUACAAGACCAAGUCAACGUUCCUCAGGGUCCCAUAUGGCUUCCACUCAGCUCAGGUUGAGCCGAUUCUUGGGGAGUUCGAAACCAUUGCUGGCGGUGUCGCGUUCGCCAAUCCUCAUACUCGUUUUGUAUCUAGUCUUACGGGGCUCGUCAUUGCAGAUCAGACAUCUAUUUCCCCUACCUAUCUAUCAAGGCAGACGAGGGAAUGCGUUCAAUUUACCGAGGCUCUCGGUGCAUGCAAAGCGGCAGGCUUCAUAGGUGAAAAUAGCCUUAUUAUGGAGAUUGGACCAGAUCCAAUCUGCCUUGGCAUGGCUCGCAAAACACUUGAAAUCCCGACAUCGGCAAAACUUGUUCCAUGCUUAAAGUCGGGACAAGACAAUUGGUGUACCAUCUCGGCCGCACUCAAGGCUACGUAUGAAACCGGUAUCAACAUUAAUUGGACCGAGUUCCAUAAAGGUUUCCAGGGCUCCGUUCGCCUGCUUGAUCUCCCCACAUACGCAUUCGACUACAAAAAUUUCUGGACACCAUACCAAGAGUCAGAACCAGUACUGCAGCCAACGCCCCUACCCCCAGUCAUCGAAAAGGUUCAACCUCCAACAUAUCCUGGCUUCAUACCCUCCGCUUCGGUACAACGGAUUGAAUCGGAAAGCAUUAGCGGUAGCAAAAUUACUGUCAUUUAUUCCUCAGACACGUCAGAACCUGCUCUUCUUAAAGCUAUUCAAGGUCACACUGUAGUUGGCCAAAACAUAUGUCCGAUGGUCAUCUUUUGCGAUAUGGCAAUGUCAGCGACCAAGUACGCGUACUGGAGGUUGCAAAAAAUAAAUCUUAAGACACCUGAUAUGUCAAUCCACGAUGUGGAGAUGGCCAGGGCUGUGGUGAUUGAAGAAACAGGCCCAAGACCAGUCAUUAACAUAAAAAAUGUUUAUGAUCAGGAACAUGGUGCUGCUAGCGUCACAUUUUAUUCAGACGCGCCUGACGGCAGAGAAAUUGUAUAUGGAGCUUGCACGGUCAAGUUCUCCAAGCCAAUUUCACGAAAGAAUCCCAUCCCGCAGCUGGACUUCCUCCUCCGAUCACGAAUGAUAACCCUAAAAGAACAGUCCGAAAAUCGAAAGGCUCACAAUUUCUUGAAGCCUGUAGUAUAUAGGCUGUUCGCUCACGUGGUCGGCUACGGGGAGGCCUACCAGGGGCUCGAAGAGGUCGUGGUCGACACUAGCUGCAGUGACGGGAUGGGCACCGUCAGAUUGCCAUCGAGUGAUAGCACAGGCCAUUUCAUCCUCGACCCAUUUCUAAACGAUGCAGCCAUACAUUUGUGCGGAUUCUUGUUAAACAGCGGAUUGAAAUAUCCCGACGACGAUGCUUUCAUUUGUCCCGGUUUUGGCUCAUGGCGCUUUUACGAUAGCCUGUACCCAGGAAAAACAUAUUCUACAUAUGUUUAUAUGCAAGAGGACACCUCCGGCGAUAGCUCUAUGCUGGGGAAUUGCUAUGUGCUCGAUGGAGACCGUAUCGUCCAGGAGCUAGUUGGCAUAAAAUUUCAGAACAUGAAAAGAGAUGUGCUGCAAUUGUCUCUUACAGGUGCUGUAACCCAGCCUAGGACCACACCAGCUGAGUUUCAUGAGCCUAAGUUACCCAUUCCUCAGCAAUUCUCUUCGACGGAAAGUGAGAUGAUUCCAACUACGGAACCGCAAAAUUCAGGGUCCUCUAGCUCAGGCGGUACUAACACGCCUGAAGCCUCCAGCUCGGAGGUCAUUGACACGCUGCUCGCCAUCGUAGCUCGUGAGAUCGGAGUGAACAUCAACGAGAUGCUAGAUGAAACAACUUUCAUAGACCUCGGGGUUGAUUCACUGGCAACCGUGACUAUUCUUGCUACACUGGAACGAGAAACAGGCCUAAUGCUUCAGGCCUCCUUUUUUGUUGAGCAUACAACCAUCUCAGAAGUUAAGCGCGCACUUCACGAGAGGCUCUGA